GAGUUUUUCUGCUUUUGGUGCCCUCUUUUUCCUGAUCAAGGUUGCUUCUGAGCAUGUACAGAUUGCAGCUGUCUCUGGCUCACCUGAGCCAUUACCCUGUGGCAACUAGGCUGGAUACUCAUUGGAGAAUGAGAGGGUCUCAUUACUUCCCGCAGCAUGAAUCAUAGAGUUGGAAGAGACCACAUGGGCCAUCUAGUCUAACCCUCUGUGGGCCUUCCCACACAGCCCUAUAUCUCAGAAUAUCAAAGCAGAAAAUCCCACAAUAUCUGCUUUGAACUGGGUUAUCCGAGUCCACAUUGCCAUAUAUUUGAGUUCAAAGCAGAUCAUGUGGGAUUUUUUUCACUUGUGUGGAAGGGGCCUGUCAUGCAGGAAAAGCACCUUCCUUCUUCCCCAUUCAGUGCCCUUUUUCCUGCGUAGAGUGCCUCGAGCAUGUGCAGAUUGCAAUUGCCUCUGACUUACCUGAAUCUCUAUCUCAGCAAAUUGUAUACAUGAUUAGGAAUGGGAGAGCCUCGUCCCUAGCAAACCCUCCCCUCUCCAAAGUAUCAGGGUCCCUUCUUGAGAUUCCCCUCUUCAGCACCCCUUUAACUCCUUAGAGGUACCUCUGAGCAUGUACAGAUCGAAGCCACUUCUGACUCGGCUGAAUCUCCAGUCCAACCAGAUCCAUAUUCAAAAGUGGGAGUGUCUUUUUUUGCUCUCUUUUCUGGAGCUUCGGAGGCCCACGCCUCCUUUCUUGGCAUGGAAUAAGAUGGAGCUGCUCCUUGGUGGGUUUUCCGGGCCUUGAAGGUGUGAGGCUGUGGGCCUGGGAUAAAUAAGACAGGCUCAACCACCCACUUCUCUCCCUCCUUUCCUCCCUCCCCAGUUUGCUUCCCUUCACCUUCCCACUCCCCCCCCCUCCCCCCAAUAAUGUGGAAACUCAACAAGAGUGGCAAAGUUCUCCUGGAUGAUUCUCCGGAAGACGAAGAGAACCGUCGCGGGCAUGAUUCACCCCCUCCAUCAUCAUCAUCACCAGCACCCGCCUUCUCAGCACAGACCAAGGAUCCAUGUCUUCAUGAUGAAGUUUCAUCCUCAGUUUCACAACUUGCAACAAAGGUUCAAGGUGCAGGCUUUCGGGGCUGGAAAGAGGUAACAUCCAUAUUCAAUAAGGAGGAUGAGCAACAAUUGCUAACAGGAAGUAAAUCUCCAAAAUCCAAAGGAACAAGUUUAAAAUUAAAAGAGGACGUGAAGUCAGAAAAGAAACCUGGAUUUUGGGACAGUUUGGUAACAAAACAGAAUAUCACAUCCAGGAAGCCAGAUGAGAUUGAAGGAUGGGAGCCGCCACAGAUUCCUGCUGGAGACCCCCUCAGUGAUGCUGGAAAUGCUUUAAGUGACUAUUCCUCUUGGUCGGGCUGGGAGGAUGAAACCAAAGGAUCCACAAAAUACACAAACCUGGCAAGUUCAGGAAAUAGUUCACGGUGGAGUAUCAAAUCAGCUGGGAGAUUGGUUAGCAUUAGGCGACAAAGCAAAGGUAACCUUACAGAUAAUUGGGAAGAACUGGAAUGAACCAAAGAAUGUGAAAUGUUCUCCAAAUGAUUAUAGAUUGUGUGAUUUACAUAUAUCCUCAAACCAAAAUCAAACUGCUUAUUAUUGCACCUUUUUACAAAUAAUAUUAUUCAAAUUGUCCUGUAGUUUGCUCAUAUUAUUGCAAGUUGCUUACACUUUGUGUUUUCCAUGCUGAACAAAAGUCCAAAUCCUGUUUUGUAAUUUUGUUUCACAUAUUCAUACUGUCUGGUGUCUUUCUUUUUUUAAAAAAAAAAAAUGAAUGUACACAGUGGAUUAGUAUUGAUUGCCUUAUACAAGAACUUCAUGAAUAUGAAGUUUUAGAUUUCUUGGUCUUUGGACAUGAUUUUAUAUUUGAAUGCUGCCCUUGCUAUUUAAAAGUACUGAUUUGCAGCUAACACUGCAUUGCUUCAUCUUACUACAUUCCUUUCCUUGUCCUUAGCAUGAACGUAUGAUUCUCAGGCUGGUGCAUCCGAGAUCCUGCAUUCUCCCAAUGUACUAAAUUGUACAUGACAUGCGAAAAUAUCAUGGGCUUUUCUUCUUCUGCUACAAAGUUUUCAAAGAUCAGUAAAACAAAUUUCCUCUAUAUUAUUAUUAUUACUUUAAUUUAUAAUUCUGCUAAAACAGUGUUGCAAUUACUACAAGCCAAAAUUGGAAAAAGAGCAAAGGCAAUAGCUAAGGUCUGGUUUUUAUAUUUUCAGCUUCCUUGUAAUAAAUAUCAAAAACUGAUUCUGAAUUAUUGGGCUCUAUCUUGCAGAAAUAACAGAAGCAAAUGCUGGACAUUUGGAUAACUUACAUCACAGAGGCCCCUUCCACACAGCUGAAUGAAAUCCUCCAUUAUCUGUUUUGAACUGGAAUACAUGACAGUGUGGACUCAGAUAACCUUAUUCAAGGCAGAUAUUGUGGGAUUUUCUGCCUUGAUAUUCUGUGUUAUGUGGCUGUGUGGAAGGGCUCAGAGAUACUUCCCAUGGCACUGCUGUUUGUCAGCUGGCUUGCAGGGAAGUAAACGUUCUCCACAACUACUACAUCAUUCUGGGAAUAUAAGAAUCAGGCCUGAGCUUCGGAAAUUUGAAUCUAUGCAUCUAUGUUCAUCAGAUUAGAGCAGUGGUUCUUCAACUUUGAUCCUCCAAAUGUUUUGGAUAUCAGCUCCCUGAAUUUCUGACCACUAAACAUACAGAAAAUCAAAGUUAGUAACCAUUGAAGUGGGAAUUGUGUGGUUCUCCAGUCAUUCUUGAACUGCAUCUCCCAGUGGCCCAAGCCAGAAAAGACAAAAGAGAUGUAUUUCAACAAUAUCUAAAGAGCUACACGCUUCUCCAAGGAUGCAUUUUCAUCUUUUGUCCCUUUUCUCCCUGAACAACAAAGUAGUAUUGAAGAGUGUCCUCCCUUUGUAUUUUCAGAGUGACAGAAGUUAACAAUGUGGUUCUUUUAUGUACAUUUUAGCAGUUGCAUUUGCUAUUGUGAAUUUGCUGUUGUGAUUUGCUGUCUUACCAGUCGCUGCUAUAUAUUUUUAUUAAUAAUAAAGAGCUAUGCAUUAUAGUGCACAUGGGAGAGUAGGGAAGUACUGUAAAGUAUGGGAUUCUUUCUGCCCCCAAUGGAGUAUUUUUAACAAAUUCAUUUUAUUGUAAAUUUCCCAGUUUAUGAGACUAAAGGAUAUCGCAUACCGCAGUGUGCCUACAUACCACUGUGAUAUGAGAAGGAAAAAGGUCAGGCAUAUGAUCUGAGCAACUCCCUUUCAUUCAGUUUACAAAGAAAAAGAGUAUCUGAUCCAUGCACACCUUUUUGCCUCUGCCAUAACCAGAUUCUGAUCUCAAGUUGAAUGGAUUUGAAAUGUAAUAAAAGGUCAUAUUUGCCACAUAGGUCUAUUUUAAUGGCCUCUAUAACUGUGCAUCAGACGUUUUUCUGUUCUUUUGAUGGCUGUGUGUAUGUAUGUAUAUAUGUGCUUCCCUCAAAAGAUGGAAAUCUAACUCACAAAAAAAUGAUUUUGCCUCAAAAUGUUGUUCCUUUGAAGAAGACAAGGGAACAAGUGCUGACGCCACUUGGAGGAAUAGGAGCAAGUUGCACAUCAGAGGGAAUGUGCAAGACAGUCACUAGAAAGCCAUCUUUCAGUUAACUACAUCCACUACUGAUUUGAAAUACAAACAAAAAUGUUUAAAGUGCCUUGUUCCAAUCCUGUAAAUGCUCGGUUAGACAUUUUAAUCACUUUCUUCCUGUUCCAGAUGCAUAUUUGUUUAAUUUUUGCCUUAAGAUUCUGUGAAUUGAAUGUUUAAUCCAAGUUGCUAGAAUAGUUGAUUUCCCUCAGUGAGAGAGACCUUUACUUGACACUGAUAGCAAGCCAGUUCACUGCUGCUGAUAUAAUGAGCAAUAUUGACACCAAAAAAAACAAACAAACAAAGCCCCACGAAGUUCACAAUUUGCUUUCAACUAUGAGCAAUUUUUAAGUAAAGUGAACUAGUUUGUAACUAUGCAGAGAGUUCCCAUGUAAUUCUCCCCUUUCAAUUUAAUCACCUAAUCCAGAUAAAGGAUAGAAUUCAUUUAAGGCCAUCCGCUGUGUGGAGAAGGAACAGUUCCACAGACCCUCAGGAUCUGCUUCAGAUUAUUCCCCCUGGGGUCAUGUAGAAUCCUGUAUUGAGAAAGAGCAAGGGAUUAUCAUUGUCUUGACAUAUAUUGUCCGUCUGUCCCCCAACCCACCCUCAGUAGCCUUCAUUAAUAUAAACACACCUGGCCUCCUUCAGAUGUAUAAAUACUCUGCAAUGUCUUUGAACUUCCUUAAUCUGUUGGUCCCUCUCCCUUCCUGCCUCUGCUCAUGCUAAGACAUUCCUGUGCCAGCAGGAGCUGGUGACUCCUGUGCAGAUUGCCGGAUUCCUGGACUAAUCAUUCCUAACCGGAGGGUGCUUGCGUCAGAGCAGAGCCAUCCUCCUGUUUUGUCCAGUUAGCUUGCAACUUGGGAACUGGGUUAUCAGAUCACAUCAUCUUGUUUCCUUUUGAUUCCUGAAGAAACCAACUGCAUCUGUACUUUUCUAAAGGUUCUCUUGAUAUGGCACCUCUUUAGGGAGUGGUUUAACAUUUGGAUCACCAAACCUCUAAUAAAGAAUGUAAAUUUGUUUAGGCAAGUCAGUAAAAAAUAAGUUUUAUUCCAUUCAGGUCAGCAAAAGAGUUUCACUUUUUCUUGUUAAAGAGGAUAUCACUUCAUUGGCUGUCUGUCCUCCCCCAUCCUGGCAUAUGUCAUUGUAGAAUAUAGUCACUUCUUUAUGUAAAACCUUUUCUAGUUUACACAUUAUGGAAGACCUUUCUAUAUCAGGAGUAGAAACAUGUCAUUCUGGCCCAUGUUGAGGGCCCAAAAAAUGAUUGUGGACGAGAUCAGGAGCUCAGGGAUUUAGAGAAGCUUUUUAAUACUGUGACAGGUGGAGAUUCUGCCUCGUAUGUUACGCAGUCAAGUGCCUGUACGUCACCUUGUUUGUGAUGCAUGGCUCUUUUCUUUGCUGAAGCGAAGUUCAUACAAUUUUGCUGUUUUUAGAGAGCCUCUGAAGGGUACAGCUGCAAAGUGGAGCUUAUCGUAAUAGCAAACAUACAACAUCUGGAUCCAGUAUGUUGGAUCAAGCUGUUGUUGUUUGUGCACCUGACGUGUGAUGCUGAAGCUGAAGCUUGAGAAGCAGGAUGGAUUUGUCUUAUGUUUCCUCCAUUUCUCGAAGAUCUAUUUUGUCACUGCUCACCGUCACAUGUUUGGUUAGUCUUUAUCACAGCUGGCACUAGUCCUGUAGACUACAAGGAUGCCUAGCCCUACUUUCUCCUUUUUGUUGUCAUGGCAUACCUUGCUGUGAAGGCCACCAAACAGUGGUGGAUGCCCUCUUUGGCACUUUUGCCCAAUGACGUGUUGUCCUCCCAUUAGUUCUUAAUACAAAAUCCUGGGUCCUCUGGAUGGCAGGUCCAUAGGUCAGGCCUCAAGGAGGAACCGGGGAUACAUACAGUGUGGCCUGAAUUUAUUUAAGCUAUGAAAACAUUGGGUUUUUAAAAAAGAUGGGACAUAUUCCACCCAAAGUUCUGUAAUUUCAUACCUUAUUGAUUUCUAAGGAGUUCAGUGGCCAGAAUCCAAUUAUAGACUCAACUAGCAUAGGCCCAUUGAAUCAAUGAAAUUUGCAUUCAGUGCUUUACCAAUGUCACGUUGAGUCAAUGUGUCUACUGCAAUUAGCACUAACUAAUGGAUUUUGGCCAAUAUGUUUAAUCCUUGCAUUGAAAUUAAGGGGAUGGAAAUGCCCUUCACUUUGGCUGGGUCAUGCCCAUGUUUUCCUAAAGCAGAAUUGUUUAAUUUUAACAGCAGUGAUUAAGUUUUAAUAUAAUUUAUUGUUGUGCUAUUGUAGAAUUAUUUGAGUUUUAUCUUGUGUAUUUUUAUUUGUUUGAUGAAUGUUGACUCUUUCUUUUUUUAAAGAAAUAUCACUACCUAGACUUUUUGGGAUCUUCCUUUAAAUGGUGUAUGACUUUCCUCUUCUGCUUUGUAAAACUUUUUGAUUUAGUGUCCACUGGUUUAAAAGAAGAUACCAUUGUGAUUGUAUUCAAAAAUUGCACAUAUGUAAUGAAUCAACAAUUGUUUGUGUUGCCUUUUCUCUGUAUCUAUGCAUAAAUUCCUAGCUUAAACUCAAAGAAGGCGAAAUGCUUUAUGGGGCUGCAGAUAGUCACAUAAUGAUCACAUUUCCUUUUCUCUAGUAUUUUGUUAAUUUCACUUCGAAAAUAUAGUAUUUUCACAGAUGAAUAAAAAAUGAGUUGAAACAAAA